AAGUCUGUUUGGAUCACAUCCAGCGCACAGUUUUUGGGAGAGGAAAUGUGAGCUCAUGUCUAACGCUUCUGUUCCCGACACUGACAGCUUUAGUUUUACGCGACACACGUCAGAUCUUUUAAAGAAUUCCCACGUGGUUUUUAAAAACCUGCAUCAACAACAGCUUUCCUGCGUUACAGUGAGGUUACAUGGCACCUCGGGGGAAUACAUUAAAACAGGUUAGUUCACCUAUGGAUCAGCCUUCAUGUCAGAAACCCAGGGGACCCCACAUCGACACGACUGACAUCCCCAUCGAGUGCAGUCAAUCCACGCUGACACUGAUGCGCUGCAUGCAGCUGUAGAUCAGUGAAGGCCAAGGGGUCAAAGGUGAAAGGUCACCACAGACUACACGUGCUGAGGUUAAAAGGCUUCGGGAGGGGGAGACCGUGAGGCUACGAGAAGAAUCAGGGUUCAGGAAGGACGGUCUCAGUGACAGACAAGAGUCAAGGGGGUCAAAGAUGAUGACAUCACAUGUAAAGCUGAGGAAGGAGAAGGGGAGUCUGGCCGAGUACGAGUCACAGAUGAAGGACCUGCGGGCCCAGCUGACAGACCAGAUCAAGAUUUUAGACUCUCAGGUGGAGGUCAAACAGCAGCAGCUCUCAGACCUCUCUGAGUUUCUCAGGCGUCGAGGCGACAUCGAGGCCGAAUACGCACGAGCCUUAGACAAACUCACAGAGAGAUUCACCCACAAAACUAAGAAGAAGGAGCAGUGGGGUCAGUCCGUCUGUCAGGUCUGGACCGUUUUGCUGUCUCAGACUCGUCUGGAGAGUCGGGAACAUGCAGCUCUGGGUGACACCUGCUGCAACACGCUGACGCAGCGGUUGACACACAGCACGGAGGACACACACCGCCUGCACAAACGGAGCAAAGAAGUUGGCAUCCAGAUGCAGGAUGAGCUGCUAAAGGUCACCACUGAGCUGCAGACGGCUCUGAAGACAUAUAACCAGUACCACAUGGACUGUCUGAUAGCCGAGGGGAAACUGAAGGAAGCCGAGCGGCUGGAGGAGAGGCACACCGGCAAGUCAUCUGAGCUCGGCCUCGGCCAAUCGGGAGGACAGAGGCGGAGUUCCGUCAAGAAGAUGGAGAGAUUAAUGGAGAAAAGGCAUGGCAGAGUGCAGGAGACCCAGCUGAAGUGCACCAAGGCUCGUAAUGACUACCUGCUGAAUCUAGCAGCAGCCAAUGCGGCCAUGAACAAGUACUACUUACAAGAUGUCAGCACUCUGAUCGACUGCUGUGACCUGGGUUUCCAUCUGUCCAUGGAGAGAGUGAUGAAGUGCUACCUGGCCAGUAGGUGGCGCAUCCAGAAGACAGAGGAGACAGGGCUGAAGCAGCUGGAGACCGCCGUGACGUCCCUGGACCAGAGUGGAGACAGAGAUGCGUUGCUACAGCAACACGACGCCGCCUUCUGCCUUCCAUUCAGAUUCAACUACCAUCCACACGAGGGAGACCAGGUGUGUGAGGUGAGUGCGGAGAGCCAGGUGAGGUACGAGCUGGAGACCAGGUUCCAACAGCUUCAAUCUCGACUUGCUGCUGUUACCUUGGAAACAGAGGAGGUCAGUAAAACGCUUAAAGCCACACUCACAGCCCUGCUGGACACUAUGUGUGAGAGCGACUCUAACCCCUCCCCGGACGUGCCCAGCAGCAUAUCACACGAGCCCCCUGGAGGAAACGCCGCCCCAAAACUUACCCUUGCCAAGCGUCGAGCCAAUCAGCAGGAGACAGAGACCUACUAUUUUACAAAAGUGAAGGAGUUCCUCACCAGCAGUUCUCUGACCUCCAAGCUUCAAGCCAAACAUGACCUUCUACAUGAUGCCAUACAAAAAGCCGAGGCGGUCGACAGUGACCCUUCCAGAAUGCAAUGUGCUCGGUCAGUGCGUGUUCGGAAGUCCAGGCCUGUUUCCCAAUUCUGCCACACACUCUUCACCACAGACAUAGUCUCCUACAUACAGAGCUCUGGGCAGCAGAUUCCUGUGGUGGUUGAAAGCUGCAUCCGUUUCAUAAACCUUCACGGCCUCCACCAUGAAGGGAUAUUCAGAGUUCCCGGGUCACAAAGAGAGGUUAAUCUCAUCAGAGAUGCAUUUGAGAGAGGAGACGAUCCUCUGUCAGACAGCGAGUGUGAUCUGGACUCAGUGGCCGGUGUGUUGAAGCUCUACUUCAGGGGCCUUGAGCCGCCUCUCUUCCCUUAUGACAGCUACUCUCGGCUGCUGGAGUGUGUCCAAAUCGAGGCGGUGACAGAGAAGGCCGUCCAGAUUAAAACGAUCGUCUCCACCUUCCCGCGGCCGCUCCUCAUCGUGCUGCGAUACCUCUUCGCGUUCCUCAAUCAUGUGUCUCAGUACAGCGAUGAGAACAUGAUGCAGCCCUACAACUUGGCCGUUUGCUUCGGUCCAAGCCUUCUGAGGGGGUUGGAUUCUGAUGACGCUGUUGCUAGGCAGCCACAGGUCAAUGAUCUUGUCAAAACCAUGAUCCUCCAACAUGACAUCAUCUUCCCAGGCCAAUCAGAGCUGCCGGGCCCUGUCUAUGAGAAGCACAUGACUCUGGAGCAGGAGUACUGUGAACCAAUCACAGAGGAGGGAGACGGCGAGACUGAGCAUCUGCCCAGUGAGGACGAGUGGGAGGCAGUGGCUAUGUUCGACUACGUGGCACGGUCUCCAGCAGAGCUGUCCUUUAAGAUGGGAGAGAUUCUCAUCCUUCACAGCAAGGCCUCCUGUGAUUGGUGGAGAGGCGAAGUAGGAGGGGUUAAGGGACUCAUCCCUCACAAGUACAUCAGCGUGCUGGAGGGGUCAGAGCGAGUCAAAAGAGAGGAAGGAGGAGGAGGAGGAGGAGGAGGAGGAGGAGGAGGAGGCAGCACUGGAAACCUGUCAGCAGAAGAUCCACAGACGGAGAACACAACCCGGAUGCGGGUGAACAGUGACAGUGCUUCGUUGCCUGGGAGACAGAGAGGAAGUGAGGGGAGCCCCAGUCGAAAGCCGCCAACUUCCCCCGCCACUCGACACCUGCCAGUGUCUCAGGAGCGAAGACACACUUUGGACAACGUGAGACAGGGCGGCUUCAAACCCCCAGACAGACCUCCAUUUGGUCAGGCAGAGAGAACUCCAGUCGACAAGGAGAUGAUAAGCCGCCAGAUGAACUCGGUCUUCAAGGAGCUCCUGUCUCGCCAGCCUCCUGUGCAGCAGUCCGCCCUCACCACCCCUGCCGCUCCUGCUCCCUCUUCCUCCUCCUCAUCCUCCUCCACCUCUUCCCCUCUUCCUCAAACUGCCCCCGCUGCCAAAAAAGCAGGAUUUGGCCUGAGAGGACGGGCCCUUUUCAGACCGGUGGACUAAGCGAGAUGAGAGGAUGACUGGAAUUACUGAGUUAUUAUUUGACAAUGAUGAUUAUGCUGAUGAAGAUGAUGCAUUAGAUGGAGAUCUUGAUUUAUUUUUUUUGACACGUGUAUAAUAUUUGCGUCUCUGCCAUCUCAUAGUGCCACUAGUCUUGGUGCCGUGUUACCGUACGUCCAGUGUGUCUGUUUUCCAGAUGGUUUUUGGUCGUUUAUGUUUUGGUCGGUUUUUGUUCUCCAGGCUUUUGCAGUUUUUGGAGAAUCAGGGAUGUGACAUUGCCAGUGAUAUCACCAGACUGGCUUUUUAAAGUGGUUGCCAUGAUACAACAAAAGACUGAAGCUGCCCCCUAGUGGCUCACCCUUACAAUGUUUCCUUUAUGUUAAAAAACAAAAGCUGAUCUGGGGCCUGAGUGCCUUCAUAUCUAUGACUCUUCACAUUUAUAUCACUUGAAAAACGACCUGAACUCUGCAUAUUAUGUUAAAAAGAAAAAGAAAAAGUGAUCUAGGAAGGUGUUAUGGAACCCAAAGUGUUCAAUAUUAAAUAAUGAAAUCAUAAUGACAGAAUGUUUUGAACUUUUUCAAAAGACUUUUAUUUUAUAGACAUUUUAUAAAGAUUUUUUUUUCGCAAUAUUUGUAUUUUAUGUCAAGUUUGAUUUAAUUUCAAGAUUUUAAUGACAGUGGUGAAGUCACUGUUCUUUCACCUACCAGAUUAUUCUAUUAGCUCCCGUUAGGCAGCAGACAGUAUUAUGAAAAUAAUAAUAAUAUACUGUGUUUUAAUUAUUUCUUAUAUUUCACAAAUGACUGUUGUCACAAGUAUGUGAAUAUUUCUUUUAUCAUUCUUUUUUAUUUAUUUAUCAUUGAACAUUUUGGAGCUCCGUGGGUAUUAGCUGGGAACACUGUAAACAGUUAAGUCGGUACUUUAUAGCAGCAUGCAGCAUUAGCAUACACUGACUCGCACAGACAAAGAUGAAAAACACAUUCCCCUUCAUAUGUGAUACGUGGCCUGAUACACAGGCCAUAACUCAGGGCUUUUGCAGCGUUAGAGACGGGCUAGCUCAGGUUUGGCUUUUUUGAAGGAAUAAGUAAGAGUUUCUCACUCAGGGCUUUGGUUGACGUACUCUUCAACUGGAAACUGUGCCCUAGCCUCAAGAGCCAAAAUGGCCCCCACAUUAGAGAGGAUUCAGUUAGUGACUUCCUCUGGUUUAAACUGUGAACGCGACGGCAACAUUUUGGAGCCACGAUCGAAACUCAUUCAUCCACACACUUUAGCUCCCCUGACUAUUAUCUAGCAUCAUCCACAGGUCCCAUUCAGAUGUGUGCUUCAGGAUUUUUGCAGUGCGGUGUACAAUUCCUAACUGACUCCAAAAACAUUUGAAAUGUUUUUACAUAGCCGAUGGCAUCUCCCCUCUGUUGUGUUUCAGUAUUGGAAACAUAAAAGUAGAAUCCUUUUUUAUUCUGCUUCUAUGAUUCAGACACCCUGUUAUUCUGGAUCACUGUUUGAUGAUGUCACUAAAUUUACUGUGUCCAGUUGUAUAUGUGGUUAAAAAAAAAAGAAUACAAUAAAGAUGACAAAGUGAUGAAUGAUUAA